UCUCGAUCUCUCUGUUGCUUGAUCGACAAGAAAGAGGAGCGCUCAGGGUUCGGGCUUCGCCAUGAGCAGGUUCGCCUUCUACGAGAGGAUCUACAGAGCGUUCCACGACCGUCCUUCGCUCUCCAAGCUCCUCCUCGUCUCCACCGUCAGUGGUGGGGGUAUAGUAGCAUUUUCGGAUACAACUCCGUUCCGUGUCGCCUAUGCCGAUUCAGCACAAGGUCAAUGCCCCAAAAAGAAGGUGGUUGUGCUCGGAACUGGGUGGGCUGCCACCAGCUUUUUGAAGAAUUUGAAGAACUCAUCAUAUGAAGUAGAAGUAGUUUCGCCACGUAAUUAUUUUGCGUUCACGCCCUUGUUACCAAGUGUCACAAAUGGCACGGUGGAAGCACGCAGUAUUGUUGAACCAAUCCGAAAUAUUGUUAACAAGAAAGGUCCCCAUUGCGAAUAUAGAGAAGCUGAAUGUUACAAGAUUGAUGCAGAAAAGAAGAAAAUUUACUGUCAGACUACUCAAGCUUCGAACCUAGGAGGGAAAGAAGAAUUUGCAAUAGAUUAUGACUAUCUCAUAAUAGCUGUGGGAGCCCGUGCAAAUACAUUCAACACGCCUGGUGUCGAGGAGAAUACCCAUUUCUUGAAGGAAGUAGAAGAUGCUCAGAAGAUCCGUCAGACGGUCAUUGACUGCUUUGAGAGAGCAAGCUUACCAAGCCUUAGUGAAGAAGAAAGGAAGAGGAUUUUGCAUUUUGUUGUCGUUGGUGGUGGUCCAACAGGUGUGGAAUUUGCGGCAGAGCUUCAUGACUUUGCGAUUGAAGAUCUUGCUCAGCUAUAUCCAGAAGUCAAAAACCUUGUGAAGAUUACACUUCUUGAAGCAGGAGAUCAUAUUUUGAACAUGUUUGACAAAAGAAUCACUGCUUUCGCGGAACAGAAAUUUCAAAGAGAGGACAUCAAUAUCAAGACAGGCUCCAUGGUAGUCAAAGUGGCGGAGAAAGAAAUUUCCACAAAGGAAAGAGGGACUGGUCAUGUUGUUUCUAUUCCUUACGGAAUGGCCGUCUGGUCUACUGGCAUCGGGACUCGGCCUUUCAUUAUGGAAUUCAUGAAGCAAAUUGGGCAGACUAACAGGCGGGCAAUUGCCACCGAUGAAUGGCUGAGGGUUGAUGGUUGUGAUACCAUAUAUGCUCUCGGUGACUGUGCAACCAUCAAUCAGCGGCGAGUCAUGGAAGAUAUUGCGGCGAUAUUCAGUAAGGCAGAUAAGUCUGGGACCGGUAAGCUGACUAUACAAGAUGCAAAAGAAGUUGUUGCAGAUAUCUGCGAACGGUAUCCACAAGUGGAACUAUACUUGAAGAAGAAAAAUAUGAAGAACUUUGUUGAUCUACUCAAGCAUUCUGACAGCGAAAUGCAAACUCUCAAGCUGGACAUUGAACUGUUUAAGUUAGCGCUUUCUGAAGUGGAUUCUCAGAUGAAAAAUCUUCCUGCGACGGCUCAAGUGGCUGCUCAACAAGGUGAAUAUCUUGCCGAUUGUUUCAAUCGCAUGGACAUGUGCGAAAAGAAUCCCGAAGGUCCUCUGAGGUUCAGGGCAUCAGGACGUCAUCGGUUUCAUCCCUUCAGGUACAAGCACUUCGGACAAUUUGCACCUUUGGGAGGAGAACAAACUGCAGCGGAGCUACCAGGGGAUUGGGUCUCGAUUGGCCGCAGUACCCAGUGGCUUUGGUAUUCAGUUUAUGCAAGCAAAUUAGUCAGCUGGCGCACCAGAGUGCUGGUGAUCUCUGACUGGGGGCGGCGGUUCAUAUUCGGCAGAGAUUCGAGUCGAAUUUAAGGAAGAAAAUCACAUCCAAAGAGGAUGCGUCAUUGCAGUUUUGCAGUUUUGUCCACGACUGUCAUCUUAAUUCAAUUAUACACAGUACACACACGA